GACAUCUGGCGCCAACGGAAUCUUUUCCCGCCGGCUGGACUUCUCCUCGUUCAACAUGCUGCCUCGGCAGAGGAUAAACUCGUAUUCGAUCAAGAUUGAGGACGAAGGCAACCACGGAAACGACGAGACGCGUCUGUUCAUCCUGUCCUCGCUGGCAGCUCAGCACAAGAGCCGGGUGGCGUGUGUACUCUGCGAGGAACCGAUGCUAGUCUUUGAUCGUUACCCCCUGGUGGACGGAACGUUCUUCCUCAGCCCGAAGCAGCAUGCCAAGGGUUGCAUCGAGGUGAAAUACGAAAAUCGUGCCCAAUAUCUGACGUCCGUUUGCAUGGCGUGUCUGGAUGGUGUCGAGCCAAACCGGGUUGUACGAUGCAGGUUUUGCGCCCAAAAGUGGGACGGAUCGUCACUGGUGCUGGGAACCAUGUACUCGUACGACAUUUUUGCGGCAAUGCCUUGCUGCACCGAACGAUUGAAGUGCAACAAUUGCUUCAAAUUACUGCUGCAUCCACACCAGCGGCUGAACUUCUACAGUGACUACAGCCACAGUGUUUCCUGUCCGUACUGUCACUCUCAGGAUACGCACUUCGUGAAGCCUUUGGCUUACUGCUAUACCAAACAGCCGAUGCAGCUGUUCCAGCAGUGGCCAUAACAUGAGGCCCCGUUGGAGUCCCCCAAGGUGGUAGAUCCUCAGUUUACCGCCUCCGUCAGUAGCAGUCGAAGCAACAGCACCGCUUCCGCUUCCCCGUCAGCCUCAUCGGUGGCGGCCAGCGCAAGCCAGGACUCUGCUAUGAACUCAUUCAUCCAGGAGCUGCGCAACCUGAGCAGCACUAGUAGCGCCAGCAGCAACAGUAGCUUCGAUUCUGGUCUUUCUCUAAGUGGGGACUCCAACGGCGGCAGUGGCCGGGCCACUGUCACCAACCACCAACAACAGCAACAGCAGAACAUCAUCUGGGGCAACAAGUCACUCUGGGGUCAGCCACCCCCGAGCCCAUCGCCCGCAGCCAAGUCUUCGUCGACGACGGAAUCAACGUGCAACAGUAUGUACGCAAGUAAAGAUCCUUCCUCUUCAUCCUCGUGGAAUCCGUCGGCCAGUAGUCCGUCGUUUUCCCACUCC